GGUUGUGGAUAGUUUAUAGAAAAAAGUUAUAAAUAGAACUGUCGCGCAUAAAAAACAACACAGUGGAAAGUUUUAUCCAAGCGUUUAGUUCAGUUGCAAACCCCGUCCCACAAACCAGCAACAUGUCGAAACUUAUCCGUUGGGGAAUCGCUUCUGCCGGCAAGAUCAGCGAGGACUUCGUCAUCGCCCUGAGUACCCUGCCCUCCAGCGACCACAAGGUCCAGGCUAUAGCUGCUCGAUCCCUGGAUCGGGCCCAGGAGUUCGCCACCAAGCACUCGAUCCCCAAGGCCCUCGGAAGCUACGAGGAACUGGCUAAGAGCGGCGAUGUCGAUGUUGUCUACAUUGGAACAUUGAACCCCCAGCACUACGAGGUGGCUGUGCUGAUGCUGAACAAUGGUAAACAUGUUCUCUGCGAGAAGCCUCUGGCCAUGAACAAGAAGCAGGUGGAGGGCAUCCUGGCUGCUGCCAAGGCCAACAAACGCUUCUUCAUGGAGGCCGUGUGGUCCCGAUUCUUCCCCUCAUACCAGCGCGUCAAGGAACUCAUCUCCGGCGGGCAACUUGGCCAAAUUAAGGAUGUGGAGGUCAACUUCGGCUUCCCAUUGGAACAUGUGGAUCGCCUGCAGAAACGCGAACUUGGAGGAGGUGUGGUCUACGACCUUGGAGUUUACACCAUCCAGGUUUCCCAGUGGGCUUUCCAGGAGAAGCCGGAGAAAAUCGAGUCGAAGGGAAGCCUCAAUGCUGAGGGCAUCGAUGAUGACGUGAGUGCCACUUUGACCUACAGCGGCGGACGUACCGCUCGCAUGCGCUUCUCGUCCAAGGAAAAACUGUCCAACACCGCCGUGAUCAAGGGCAGCAAAGGACAAGUUACCCUGAUUGACUUCUGGACGGCCAACAAGAUGAUCGACAUCGAUGGCCAGGAGAAGGAGUGGCUCCCGCCUAAAGGCAAGUUCCAGACCAACUACGCCAACUCCGAGGCCAUGAGAUACGAGGCGGAGUCAGUGCGCCAGUCCAUCGUCGCCGGGGAUGUGGAGAACAAGAACGUGACCUACGCCGACAGUUUGCUCUUCGCCGAGAUCGAGGAUACCAUCCGCAAGCAGAUCGGUGUGCUCAACAAGUUCGACGAGGAGUAAAGAUAAAUUGUAUAGCUAAACAUGUAAACGUAACAUAAAUAAUAAACAGAUAUUUUGUAAAAAUUG